CUUUUCUUUGUCUCUUAAAGCUGAGAAUAUAUUGGGACAACUAAGUAAAGGAGUCUACGUGUUGAUGAGUGGUUUGGAUCUAGAGAGACUCAUUCUGUCUGGUGGACCACUGGGAAUCAUGCAGGCUGUCCUAGAUCAUGCUGUUCCGUAUUUGCAUAUAAGAGAAGCAUUUGGGCAGAAAAUUGGCCACUUCCAGUUGAUGCAGGGUAAAAUGGCUGAUAUGUACACCCGGUUGAUGGCGUGUCGGCAGUAUGUAUAUAAUGUGGCAAAGGCUUGUGAUCAGGGACACUUCAAUGCAAAGGUGAGUCUGUGGGAAAGUACUUGUGGUAUUGGGUGCUCUGUUUUUACUUUGUUUUAGCUUUUAUAUCUUAUAUUUCUAUUCA